GCUACUGGUCACACUUUUUCUCCGCAGCGUUGCCGUAUCGCAGCCAUGCGCUUGCCCAUUCGAAUUAAACAAUCAAUUUCGGGUCGAUUUAAGCAUUUUGCCUCCUAAAUGGAUGAUCCAUCCGCCACGCUUUUGCCCGGAGAACCAAAAGAUUUGCUCGAGGCUCGCGAUGCGGAGUUGAAGAAGGUGCUCAAGCUGAAGCUAGUGCUGGACGAGCUGCGACGCCUGGAUGUGGGGCCAAAUCCGAGUGCGGAAAUCAAAAGAGCCCUCAAAUUGGUUUCCAUUGGAAGCUAUGCGCGACUGGGCGAGAUCGAGGGAGCUGGUCAGGAGCAAGUGCUAGACCUUCAGAGCGGCAGCAGUUUUCCGCCUUUGAAUUACACGGAUCGCAAGACGGUGCGCACUAAAUUAUCCGCUCAAUUACGUGCAACUUUGCAGCCCAUUGCCGAAUUGUGCGACAGGAUACGCGAUGAUUUUCCGGAUGCCUUUAGCCAGGAGGCAGACUUAAGUGGCGAACAAAAGGAGAUUCUGCGCCUGGAGGAAGAGCAUCGCAGCGGUCUGGAGAAAUUAGUUGGGCUCCUCACUCGUAAGUGCACCCUUCUCAAGGAGACCGCUGAAUUGAAAUUGGGGCCACAAUUGGCAAACGAACUGAAAUUGCAACAGGCGCAGGCGCAACUCGUGCAAACAAAAGCAGAAGUCCUGCGCGCCUACUUUGUGCAUGAGGCGGCCUCUCGCACCGAAAAUAGCGUUAAGGCACACAAGGAGGUGGAGGUGCACCUGGACGAGCUGCUCGCCGCCAAGAAUAGAUUUAAAUACAUUACAAUUGUAAUUAAAACAGGGUUGUUUGUUUUGGUUUUUUCCGCCAGAAUGGCAACGCUGUUUUACAUGGCAGUAUUUGUAAACGGUCACUCUAGUGGAAAACAAUUUGUAAACAAAAGAAGCUUUAAAGGUUGCCGGAAAAAACCAGACAUGACAGAAACGAAUCCCAGUGAAACAGCUUCCCCUAGCGAAGAGCUGCCCGCGGAGGACGAAUCCACUAACCAAUCUCCACCGGAGGCAGGGCUGAGCAAUAACUCCUCGAGUGUCUGCAAUGUUGUGGAGCCGGACGAUGAGCACGAAGUCAAUUCCGUGGAUCGGGAGGACACUGCCAGUUUGUUCAGCACUACUACAACCACCACCAGGAGCAAAUCGCCCAACACACGGAAAUUGAACCGCCUGUGUCGGCGGGUUAAAACCCCCAAAAUGGUUCAGCCCUUGUACAAAUAUAGCUCCCAUGUUCGCGAGGACCACAACCACCAGAUCUUCGGUGUGCAGUUCAACCCGUUCCUGGACAGAAGCCAGCCGCAGGUGUUCGCCACCGUUGGCAAGGAUCGGGUUUCCAUUUAUGAGUGCGAGAGGAGCACUGGCCAGGAGUCCUGCGAAGGCAUUCGACUGCUGCAGGUCUACGCAGACCCAGAUACCGAUGAAAGUUUCUACACAUGCGCUUGGUCGUACGACUCUGUGACCGGUGAUCCUGUCCUAGCCGCGGCUGGUUACCGCGGCGUCAUUCGCAUUUUCAAUCCGGUGAAUCACCAGUGUAGCAAAAACUACAUUGGUCACGGUCACGCCAUUAAUGAGCUGAAGUUCCAUCCGACUAGACCGCAGUUACUUCUGUCCGGCAGCAAGGAUCACUCCCUGCGCCUUUGGAACAUUCAGUCGGACGUAUGUGUGGCAGUUUUCGGCGGGGUGGAAGGACACCGCGACGAGGUGUUGUCAGUUGACUUCGAUUUGCGCGGUGAUCGCAUCAUGUCCAGUGGAAUGGAUCAUUCAUUGAAGCUUUGGCGACUGGAUAAGCCCGAUAUAAAAGAGGCCAUCGAGCUAAGCUCUGGAUUUAGUCCCAAUAAGAAUACAGGUCCGUUUCCCACGAUCAAGGAACACUUUCCGGACUUCUCUACGAGGGAUAUACACCGCAAUUAUGUGGAUUGCGUUCAGUGGUUUGGCGACUUUGUCUUUUCGAAAUCCUGCGAGAACUCAAUUGUGUGUUGGAAGCCGGGCAAACUUUCGGCCCCAUGGCAUGAGAUUAAGCCACAGGAGUCGGCCACCACGGUGCUGCAUCACUUUGACUAUAAAAUGUGCGAGAUCUGGUUCGUCCGUUUCGCCUUCAACGCCUGGCAAAAGAUUCUGGCCUUGGGCAACCAACAGGGCACAACCUUCGUUUGGGAACUGGACUGUAAUGAUCCCAAUUUGACAAAAUGUAGCCAGCUGGUUCAUCCCAAGAGCAACUCCACCAUCCGGCAGACUUCCUUCUCCAAAGACGGUUGCAUUUUAGUUUGCGUAUGCGACGACAGCACCGUGUGGCGAUGGGAUCGCGUUAAUUAAAAUAGGGGUUCCUUUUAAAUCAGCUAGAUUAUUAAUUGAACAAAGAGUUCUCUUCUGUGUAAUAUUUACCUUCAAUAUUAUUAGCGUAUGUUUAUAUCAUCUAUGCGU